GCUGCGAUUGGUCGAACGCGUGUGACGUAAGUUCCGGGCGAGCUUGUUUUGACGCAAUCAGCUGAAAGUUGCGAAGCUGAGCAGCAGCGCUAUUUUCUCUCUUUCGCUCCGCAGACGCUUUCAUGGUUCAGGUUGUGGAGCUGAAGGCACAGAAUGGCGAGUGCAGCAUCAUCGAGUGAGAGCUCAUCUGCAGGUAAUGGACAGACAGCAGGAGACAGCAGCAGCAGUACUCAGGACAGCACGUUCGAGUGUAACAUCUGUCUGGACACAUCCAAAGAUGCCGUCAUCAGUUUGUGUGGUCAUCUCUUCUGUUGGCCGUGUUUACAUCAGUGGUUAGAAACUCGGCCAAACCGUCAGGUGUGUCCCGUCUGUAAAGCCGGCAUCAGUCGGGAUAAAGUCAUUCCUCUGUACGGAAGAGGAAGCACGGGCCAACAAGACCCCAGAGAGAGAACUCCUCCACGACCUCAAGGCCAGCGACCAGAACCAGAAAAUCGUGGUGGCUUUCAGGGAUUUGGGUUUGGAGAUGGAGGUUUCCAGAUGUCUUUUGGAAUCGGAGCUUUUCCUUUUGGGAUUUUCGCCACAGCGUUCAAUAUCAAUGACGGGAGACCCCCACCAGCAGCUCCAGGAACUCCUCAGCACACAGACGAGCACUUCCUGUCCCGCCUCUUCCUGUUUGUGGCUCUUCUCAUCAUGUUUUGGCUGCUCAUCGCUUAAACGGUUGUAAUUUCCAGGAGAUGGCAUUGGUUCCUCUAGAAUCGGAGAUCACAUCAGUCAGAUUUCUCGUGAUGAUUUUUAAGAAUGUUUUCCGUCUGAGGUCUUUUUCUAUGAAAGAGAUGUUGUGAUGGCAUGCCUGUGAUCAACACUUCUGCUUAUGUUCAGUUUUAAAUAAACACGCGAGUUAUUUCUCUAAAAAUCGAAUUAUUCUUUUGCAAUUGUGGUGGCAAAUUCUGUUGCUCACUUUAAUAAAGCAAGUCUUUCAA